AUGAAAUGGUCUGAUUUGUACCCUUCAUUUUUUGGAAAUGAAUCUCUUACCAAUAAAGAAGUUCAAUUUGCUGAUAUUGGAUGUGGCUAUGGAGGUUUAUUAGUUACCCUAUCUCCAUUAUUCCCAGAUGUACUAAUGCUGGGUAUGGAAAUUAGAGUUAAAGUAUCGGAUUAUGUUAUAAGUAAAAUAGCUGCUCUAAGAUCUCAGUAUCCUGGAAAAUAUGAAAAUAUUGCUUGUGUUAGAUCGAAUGCAAUGAAAUAUUUACCAAAUUAUUUUAAAAAAGGACAAUUGACAAAAAUGUUUUUUCUAUAUCCUGAUCCACAUUUCAAAAAAUCAAAACAUAGAUGGAGAAUUAUAAAUGACAGCCUUUUAGCAGAGUAUGCUUAUGUUUUGAAAGAGGGAGGUGUUGUAUAUACAGUAACAGAUGUACUAGAUCUUCAUGAAUGGAUGGUUAAGCAUUUCGAUAAUCAUCCUCUUUUUGUUGCUUUAACUAGAGAAGAAAUCGAUAAUGAUCCUGUGAUAGAUAAAUUAUAUCAAAGUAGUGAAGAAGGGCAAAAAGUUACUAGAAACAAUGGUGAAAAAUUUUUAGCAGUUUACAGAAGAAUUAGUGAUCCUUAUUUAAUGAAUGAAAAUAAAAUGAAACUUUGA